CACGCGUGACCACAUCAGUGCAAUCAGUGUGAGCUCUUUUGGUAGCCAUAGCUACAAUACAAACACCCAAGCUAUCUUUAAACUUUGACCCUUGUCUCAUUCUCUCCCAUUGGAUAAUUGACACUCACAUGUAUCUGCAUGCUUUCUUUGGACUGACAAGACAGUACAGAAUUAUUUAGUAUUUGAAGAAACAAGUUCAGAUAAGAGAGAAAUAGUAGAAGUUUAAUUUAAAGGGAAGACGCUGCUUUUGUUACGUUCCUGAUAAUACAGAUCACGUGAAUCACCCAAAGGAAGACAAACAACACAUAAUUCGGUGUGCAGGAACUUUCUCUGAACACUGCGGUGGACGAGACAAGAUUUCCGUUUAUAGCAUAGAUCUUCCAGCUUCAGUGGGUAUCAUCAGCGACGCUGAUAAUACCGCUAACUGUGGUUACAUCAAAUACGACCACGACAACGGCUUCAAGCUGGGCUUUGAGAACUGCAGAAGCAAAAAAGGGCGUGUCUGUCCAGCAAACUACACUAACAAUUGGUGGCCAUACGUUUGCAAAUCUGACACAUGCGUAACCGUUACGCGCAAUUAUACACCAAAGUUGGCAUUUGCAUCGGACGAUUGUCAUGGCCAUUUGGAUAAACUAAGCAACAAUACAUUGGAGGCACUAGAACGGGUUUUAUCCAAAGAACCACCGUGGAAGAAUGGUUACUGGAUUGGUCUUAAAAGAGAUGUUGAAUGGCGAUGGAUUAAUGGAAUUACGGUAACAUACACAAUGCCUCGGAAUUCGAAACAACAUGAAAGUAUGGCAAUGUGCCGUUAUGACAGAUAUACACUAUAUUUUGAUGAUGACAGAUCAGAUUUCAACUACACAGUUAUCUGCCAAAUGUACAAGAAUAUGCCUUCCAGAACAGUAACAUCACCGUCGACGACGUCUACAACAACGUCAGUUGUAAAAACAUCAAUGAAACUUGCUUCGGAUAGUAUAACCUCAGCAUAUGUCAGUUCCAGGACCGACACUAACGGGGAGACAACUCUGAGAGACGUAAUUAGUGAAGCUCAAACAUCAGGAAACAUGCCAGACAAGAAUAUGCCUUCCAGAACAGUAACAUCACCGUCGACGACGUCUACAACAACGUCAGUUGUAAAAACAUCAAUGAAACUUGCUUCGGAUAGUAUAACCUCAGCAUAUGUCAGUUCCAGGACCGACACUAACGGGGAGACAACUCUGAGAGACGUAAUUAGUGAAGCUCAAACAUCAGGAAACAUGCCAGCAUUGGUUGGCGGUGUCAUUGGAGCUCUUUUAGUCGUGUUGUUGGCUACAGUUUUGGUUUUAAUCUGGACUAGAAGAACACAACGUUUUUGCUUCAGAAACCGAAAAUCGCCGGAAUCAAAAGUUCACUUUACAUCGGAUAAAAACACGGGAAGCAAGCAGAGCAAAGGAAGUGUAGAAGACGGUCGAACAAACGCUGGCUUCUCUGUGGAAAUUGCAGCAUCUGAACUGAACUGAACUGAACAUUUAUUUCUCUCAGGCCGUAAUCCACGGCAUAUGAGGAACAAUAUAUAAUACAACAAUUCACACUUUUUAACAAGAUGACAGAGUAAAACUAUUCACAUA